AUGUCGGACGACGAGGACUAUUUCCUUCCGUUGGAAGACCAACGGGUCUUUGGCGCUGGUAUCCGGCGUAAAAGGGUGCCAUUUGUGCGCUCUUCGGAGCAUGAAUUGAGCACGACGAGACCAGCUUCUACUCCUGCCACGAGCAUCGCUGAUACUUACCUCUCUAUUGUUCUUAAGACAACCGACGGGGACCUUGCGGAUAAUGUCAAAGAAAACGAUUCGAGUACAUCCAAAAAUACAUCAAGACCUAUCCCAGAGGGACAUUUGCCUCCUGUUCGUACAACACAGUCUGUACCUCCAGCAGCAGAAGCAGUCGCUCCACCUCAAAAGGACCACUGCGAGAUAUGCAACCUUCCACUCUCCUCCGAACCGGGUACCGACUUAGAAACACGUCCUCACGAAGCAUCCUUAGCCCAUCAAGUCUGCCUCAAUCACUCCCACCCCCCAUCACACCUCGACCGCACCCGCACCGGCCUGCGCUACCUCUCCACCUACGGCUGGAACCCCGACAGCCGCCUUGGUCUCGGCGCAUCGGGCAGAGAGGGCAUCCGAGAACCACUCAAAGGCCGCAUCAAAAACGACAAAGCCGGCUUAGGUUCCGGAUUAGACAAAGAUGGAGAUCGAUUACCAGCACCGCCGCCGCCACCGAAGAAAAUACAAAAGCUAAACGCCAAGCAAGCGCGGAAAGGUGCCGACGAGGCGAGGAAGCGGGGUGACAAGUUGAGGAAUCUGUUCUUCCAGAAUGACGAGGUGCUGAAGUAUCUCGGCGAAGAUGCUUGA